AACCAUUAAAACCACCGGAACCACCGGUUACAGAACCUUCGAAACAACCGAAAGUCAAAGAUCCGCGUCGAGUCGCGGCGGGAAAAAGAUUGGCGGCUAUCAGUCUACAGGCCAAAGCCAGCAAGAAAGCAAAAUUGGAAGAAGCGAAAGUAAGUCAGGGUAUUGAAAGUGAUGAUGAAACUUCAACAUUUUCCCUGAAAAAAUUAGGUUUGAUUUCUACGAUCGUCGUAGGAUUCGGAAGCUUAUAUUUUAUGUGGCAGAGUCAGAAAAAGGAAGAACGGGAAAAAAGUCCCGAUGAAAGAAAAUUCCAAGCAUGGCGGACGGACGCUUAUUUGUGA